GAUUGCUAGUAAAUGGUAGUUAUCCUUCAUUCUUUUGAGGAGAUGUAUGUUUAUAGGGAAGAAAAUAGCGGCGGAGCACGUCUCAUUGCACGUGCUAAAUCAGGGUUGAAAUUUAACGGGUCUAAACCCAAAAGCGAUUCUAGCUUGCGUUCUUUCUUGCGCGGUCCAGACUCGAGAAUUCCGUAAACCCUAGCUCCUCUACUUGCCUUCCGUUUCAAAUUUCCGGGGGAAGGCAACAACAAAGGCGAAAGGAGGAAAGGACGAACGAGAGAUGGGGAAGCGGAUGAGGCGGGGCAACCGCUCCCCCUCCUCCUCCGCCGUUCUCAGCAACUCUGUCCUCCUCCGCCGCAUCGCCUCCUCCAAGCUCCCCUCCGACCCCUACUCCCUCGACGUCGACUCCGUCGUUCACCACCUCCGCUCCCACUACCCCGAUUACGCUCGCGUCAAGCUCCAACCCUUCACCCUCCGCGUCCAGCGCACCCUCGACUCCCUCCGCCGCCGCCCCGCCGCCGCCGCCGGAUCCUCCUCCUCCUCCUCAUCCGACGACGACGAUGACGACGGCGGCGGCGAUGCACCCUCCUCCCGCAAGAGGCCCAGCCGCUCCGACCUCUCCGAGCAGCGGCUGCUCCGUGCGGAGUCGGACCACCUCCGCCGCCGCCAGUUCCAGCGGCGGGACCCUUCCGAAUCCUCCAACGACUCGACCUCCACCUCCGACGACUCCGUCUUCGAGGCCAAGAUGGAUCCGGAGUUCGACAUAACGAAGUCGCUGCUCCGCGACAGCUAUGGCAAGCGGGCGAAGCUGAAGGGCGCGGAGGAGGACAAUAUGGAGAUCGAGGCGGCCGUGGAGAAGCCGAUUAAUGUGGAAUUGGUUGAUGUGUGUGGUGGAGGUAGUGGGAUUGAGACCCCGGUGGUUGAGAAGGGGAGGAGUGGAGGAGGUGAGGUAGAGAUUGGGGAGGAAGGGAGGCCAGGGCCAAGGUUCCGGGAUCUUGGUGGGAUGAAGGCGGUGCUGGAGGAACUGAUGAUGGAGGUGAUCGUGCCGCUGUGCCAUCCGCAUCUGCCGAAGUGGCUUGGGGUAAGGCCGAUGGCCGGGAUUCUGUUGCAUGGCCCACCUGGUUGUGGGAAGACGAAGCUCGCCCAUGCCAUUGCCAAUGAGACUGGUGUUCCCUUCUAUAAGAUAUCUGCCACCGAAGUGGUCUCUGGUGUCUCUGGUGCUUCAGAAGAAAAUAUACGGGACCUUUUCAAGAAGGCAUACAGAACUGCCCCUUCGAUUGUUUUCAUUGAUGAGAUAGAUGCCAUUGCUUCCAAGAGGGAGAACCUGCAGAAGGAGAUGGAGCGCCGGAUAGUUACACAGUUAAUGACUUGCAUGGAUGAGUCCCACCAAACACUUAGAUCAAGUAAUUCUAAUUUCGAGUCAGAAGCGUCCGAGAAAAAACCUGGCUAUGUUCUGGUAAUUGGAGCCACAAAUAGACCUGAUGCUGUGGACCAAGCAUUAAGAAGGCCUGGGCGGUUUGACCGAGAGAUCAUUUUGGGUGUCCCUGAUGAAAAUGCACGGGUUGAGAUUUUGUCGGUGCUUACUCGUAACAUUAGGCUUGAGGGCCAAUUUAACCUUUUCAAACUAGCAAGGUCCACACCAGGUUUUGUUGGAGCUGAUCUGGCGGCAUUAGUGAAUAAAGCAGGAAACCUGGCAAUGAAGAGAAUAAUAGAUAGAAGAAAGUCUCAACUUUCUUCUGAGCUUGAAAACAAGAACACUGAGGACUGGUGGAGACAACCUUGGGCCCCUGAAGAAAUGGAGAGUCUUAGUAUUACCAUGGCUGAUUUCGAGGAAGCUGCUGAACUGGUUCAACCAUCUUCCAGAAGAGAAGGAUUUUCCUCGAUACCUAAUGUUAAGUGGGAGGACGUUGGUGGUCUUAAUUUGUUGAGGAAAGAGUUUGAUCGUUAUAUUGUUCAACGAAUAAAACAUCCUGAGGAAUAUGAGGAAUUUGGAGUGAACUUGGAGGCUGGGUUUUUGCUUUAUGGGCCUCCUGGUUGUGGUAAAACGUUGAUUGCCAAGGCUGUAGCAAAUGAGGCAGGGGCCAGUUUUAUACAUAUCAAGGGUCCUGAACUUUUGAACAAGUAUGUUGGGGAGAGCGAGCUGGCAGUUAGAACAAUAUUCAGCCGUGCCCGAACAUGCUCUCCAUGUAUACUGUUCUUUGAUGAGGUUGAUGCUUUGACAACUAAACGAGGAAAAGAUGGAGGAUGGGUUGUUGAACGUCUCCUAAACCAGCUACUCAUUGAGCUAGAUGGUGCUGAUCAGCGACAGGGUGUUUAUGUCCUUGGAGCUACGAACAGACUUGAGGUCAUUGACCCUGCUGUACUUAGGCCAGGCAGAUUUGGGAAGGUUCUUUAUGUUCCACUACCUAGUGCUGAUGAACGUGGUUUAAUUCUGAAGGCACUUGCACGGAAGAAACCUAUUUCUGCUGAUGUAGACCUAGAUGCUCUAGCCCAUAGAGAGGCAUGCAAGAGUCUCACUGGGGCCGAUCUUGCUGCUUUGAUGAAUGAAGCUGCCAUGGCUGCUUUGGAAGAGAAACAGAAUUCUGUAGAUCAAGGAACUGCAAGUAGUGAUCCAUGGAAUAUCAAGAUAUCACAUUUUGAGCAAGCUUUGCAGAAAAUAACACCAUCUGUGUCAGAGAAGGAUAGGAUCUACCAUGAGGCCUUAUCGCAAACCUUCAGAGCAGCUUGAAAAUAUUCGUAAUUCUCUCAUAUGUGGGUGCAAUAUAGAUACCGACCUGCAGUCUCAGAACCACACAAAGCUAUCUUGCAGCAUAGAACGAUGAUCUGAGGGUCUAUGGCAGUGUAUUUGCUUGUGUCAUGGUUUCGCCAACCAUUACACUCGGCUAUUUAAUUCUGUAGAAAGCUGGCAGAGAAGCUGUUUAGCAUGUUAGUAGAAGUUUGUUUAUUUACAGCCAUUCUCGAGUAUGGUCCCAGGGCCCAAAUGAAGGUUAUGGUCUACCUAUCUACAGAAGGUGGAUAGCUUCCACUCAGGAAUGAGACAGCCUAUUGCGGGGCACACAAUUUUGCCUGUUUUCAGAGUUUUCAUUCACAUGUAAAAUUCUACGGUGGUUUCCUUUUGGAUACAUUUUAAAAAGAGGGUUUAUAUUACUAAUGCAAUUCAUCUCUGGCAAUAUUAAUAGAAUAAAUGCUUUGUGUGCGAA